AUGGCAGCCCCUGUGGGUAAUACUUCUGACCUUGCGCUCGGUGUUGCGGAGCAGAGCUGCAAAGAGUGUCGCAGGCGAAAAGCACGAUGCGACAGAGUGCUCCCGAUAUGCUCCCUUUGCGUCAAGUACAGUCGGCAUUGCCUAUAUGAAAAACAUGCGAGAACGCCCCUGACUAGAAGGCAUCUCACAGAGGUCGAAGCUCGGCUUGAAAAGGCCGAGGCACUCAUUAGAAGGCUACGACAACAGAGCAAUACAACUGCAAAUCCCGCAUCAGCCGCUGCUGCGCAUGAUCCUGCUUACCCAGAUGUUCUUGAGGCAGAUUUGAGCUCGCUCGAGAACCAGCAAAGUAUUGGCGAUGUCCCUCACAGAGCUGCCCCCCUAGGACCGCAAUCACCAGUACAAGAUGGUCUUCGAGCAGAGCGGCGGAGAGCUAGUCUCAACCAAGAUUAUUCCGGAUCUAGAGGUUCGCCUGCAGGAACUCAGCAUAGCAUACGAGUAUCCGCGUCAAGGCGGCAAGACUUCGUCGAGACACCACCUCGGGAAGAUUUCGAGUGGGAUGAGCUGGAUGCCACAAGCCCCACGUCCCUAGGAUCUGAAAAUGCUCUCAAUACAAGCGGAGAAGGCCCGAUCAAAGAUGGCAUGGCUUCACUGGCUGUUGAUGAGAAAGACGGUGGAUACCUGGGGGUUGCUUCAGGUGCUGCUCUUCUCCGCAUCCUAGAACCAAACAGCAGGACAAGAACAUUCUCCAACAGCUCUCACCCACGUCCGCAUAUACCACUAUUGGCCCAGCCAGAUCCGAAUCGACACAUCACAGACACAAUGAUUGACGCGUACUUUGCCACAUAUCAUGUGAGUUACCCAAUUGUUCACGAGCCCACAUUUCGCGCACAAUACUCUGAGGUGAUUCCGCAACCUCAUGGGCGUAGCUGGCACAUUCUGGCAUAUAUCGUCGCUGCUUUAGGUGUCUACAGCUCGACACAACAAUAUAGUGAUCUGGAGUUUCAGCUCUUCUCCCAUGCAAGGUCUAUGUUAUCUUUUAAUUUCCUCGAGAUGGGGAAUAGCUCGUUAGUCGCUGCGAUUACUCUAUUUUCAAACUACCAGCAAAAGAGGGACAAGCCCAACUCUGGGUACAAUUACCUUGGUUUGGCUGUGAGAAUGGCCACAGGACUCGGAUUCCACAAGGAGUUUCCUGGGUGGAACAUCUCGCCGUUAAAGAUGGAAAUGCGGCGCCGAAUUUGGUGGGCUCUCUGCGUCUUCGAUGUCGGGGCCACCAUCACAUUUAGUCGACCGAUACUGUGGCCAUUAGACGGAGUUGAGGUCUCAUUUCCAUUAAAUGUAACAGAUAGGGAGCUCACGGCCAACUCCAAAACCUAUCCCGCCGAGAAUACCGGAGUCACGCCUUACACUGCGGUCAGCGUGCAGGCACGGUUUCAUGUCUCUACAAAUGAAAUCUAUUCCCGAGUCAUCUCGAAGCCUCUUCCAACAGCAGAGGAACUUCUUUGGCUUGACAAAGAAUUCUUGGAGCCAUGGCAAUCAAGUCUCCCUCCGUACUUUGACGAAACAAGCACAGUACCACCAAAGUAUGCGUUUGCUCAUGCAGUCAUGAAAUGGCGGAGGCGAAACUUUCGCAUCAUCAUGUACCGGCCUUUCGUCAUUCGAAGAGCUCUCAAUGUGCGAGGUGUGCUGAGUGAAGAGUCUGAGGCCGAUUCGAUUGCGUUUCAUCGUUGCCUAGAGGAGGCCGAGUCCACGAUUAGCAUGAUUAGUGAAUAUUGUUCUCACAACAGCCAUAACAACCUGACCGCUUGGUAUGCAUUAUACUUCUUGUUCCAAGCCGCCUUGAUACCGUGCAUCUGCCUGCGGAAUGGUCCCUUCGAGUCAGAUGCACCAAAUUGGGCCAUGCAAUUGCGAACGACUUUGUGCACGAUCAAGGCCCUCAGCCCAUCGAAUAGCAGUGCCCCCAGGUGCUACCAGGUAAUCAUGGACCUUUGUGGGAAGUACUUAGGUGGCGUGGAAUUGCAGCACGUAUCAGAAACAUCUGAAUCUGCUCAGCUCGAUGUGAGCGAACACCAGCGAACGAGAGAAGUAGUACCCGACAUCAGCCAAGCCGAUGCCCCGGUAUCAUCCGACAAGGACAUGACACGAACAGCACUCGAACCGAUUUCUGAGAGUCCUCAGACACAGCUAGGCAGCGUUUUCCCCAUGAUGUGGCCUAAUGUCAACGCCUUUGAGGUUGCGGACGAAGUCAUGGGAGACGAUGCCUGGCUUGAAUUCCUGGGCGUCGAUGUGAGAGGUGGUGACAAUCAGGUAUAG